AUGAUUGUUACUGUCGCUAUCACCGUUACCAUCAUCAUCAUCAUAAUCAUCACCGUUACCAUCAUAGUCACCAUUAUCGUCAAUGUUACCGUUACUGUGGCUGUGACCGUUACCAUUACCUUCACCAUCACAUUUACACUCAUCAUGACAAUUAUCAUCACCCUUACUGUUACCAUCAUUGUUAUUGUUACUGUCACCAUUAUCGUCAUUGUUAUCGUUAACAUCACCAAUACCAUCACUGUUAUCGUUACCAUUACUAUUACAUUCACCGUCACAUUUACAGUCAUCAUGACAAUUAUCGUCACCCUUACCAUUAUCAUCACUAUUACUGUUACUGUCACCAUUAUCGUUACUGUUAUCGUUAACAUCACCGUCACCAAUAUUGUUACCGCCACCGUUACAGUUACUAUCACUGUUACCGUCAGUAUUACCGUCAACGUCACCAUUACUGUUAUCGUUACCCUUACCAUCACUAUUACAGUUACCGUCACCGUAACCAUUAUCGUCACCAUUACCAUGACAGUAACCGUUUUCGUCACCGUUAUCGUCAUCGUUACCGUCAUCGUUACUAUUACCAUUGCCGUCAAUGUGACCAUUACUGUCACCGUUAUCGUCACCGUCAAUGUGAUUAUCACCGUCACCGUUACCAUGACUGUUACCGUAACUGUCAUCAUUACUGUCAUCGUGAACAUGAUCGUGAUAGUUAUCGCCACCAUCACUAUCACCGUUACCAUCAUCAUUUCCAUCACCAUUACUGUGUCUAUUACAUUUAACAUUCUUGUUACUAUUACCGUCACCGUUACCAUAAUCGUUACUGUUACUUUCACCAUAACCAUUACCGUCAUCAUCAAUAUGAUCAUUAUUGUGACCAUUAUCGUCAUAGUACCGUCAUCAUCGUUGAUACCAUUACCGUUACCCUUACUCUCAUCAUUACUAUGA